GUGAAUGAAAUGAGGAGAGGAGACUGUCUGUGUUAAUACAGUAGUCUUGUGAUUUAAUGUUAUCCGCGGUCAUAUCAGGCUGCGGACCCCUCCAUGGAAGAGGCCAGUGAUGAGGGGCUAUUACUCCAAGCUGGACUCCUCAUCUCUGGGCAUGGCGAUGCCCCUGAACCUAGCCGUGGAGACUGAGAAAGCUCAGGCCCUGCUCCAGACCUUCAGCACUGCCUCUCUGUUAGCCAGCGCGGGCCUGGGUGCUUUCUGUUUCCUCGCCGACCACUUUCUGACGCUCCCCCUCAUCCAGCACCAUCUGUGGCUCAGGGCUGUGCUCGAUAACGCCGUCCACGGCAUCAUUGGACUCUGGUCAUGGGCCAUCGUCAUCGGGUUGAGGAAGAAAAGUGACUUCUAUGAAGUCGUCUUGGCUGGAUUUCUGGCUUCUAUCAUUGACCUGGACCACUUCUACAUGGCUGGAUCAUUGUCACUCAAAGCUGCUGUGAAUCUGCCGCACAGGCCUCCGCUGCACUGCUCCACCCUGAUCCCAGCACUCUGCUUCUCUCUCCGCCUCCUCAUGUGGGCCUGCCGGCUCAAGGACUCCUGGUGCUCCCUGCCCUGGAUGCUGUUCAUCUCGCUGGCAUCGCACCACAUCCGCGACGGCGUUCGGCACGGUCUCUGGGUGUGUCCGUUUGGAAACACGACGCCCAUCUCUUACUGGCUGUACGUCACCAUCACAGCCACUCUGCCUCACCUGUGCUCGGUGCUCAUGUAUCUGACCGGCACCAGAGACAUGAUCUCCACCAAACACGGAGUCGCCAUAGACGUCUGAAACACUGGCUUGAUUGUGAUCUCUGCCUCAUUGCCAUUCCAACAUAAUUCGUCCUUAUUCCUUGAGAGAUUGGCAGUACGUUUGAUACUUUUAACUACUGUGGUCAUUCAGGUAUCAGUGUGAAAUCAGGUUGUAUUUACUGUGAAUAUUUUAAUAUGUAUGAUGAUGAUGUAGAUUAGGGUUGGGCGAUUUAAAAAAAAAAAAAAGAUAUAUUUU